CGCAAGGUUGAACGUUUCCUGGAAGCCCCCGGUGAAUCCACCCCACCCGAUGGUCCCACCAGCCGGGCCAUCGCCCUGGUCAACUGCUGCCCCCCCUUCAGGACCUUCGCCGAGCGCCUGGCGCAGUUUGGGCACCCGGAGAGCGAGGAGCUGCGGCGACAGGCGCACGGCGCCCUGGACAAGGUGACGCGGCUCUGCAACCACGUCCUCACCCAACGGCUCUUCGAGGACCUCAAGCCCUACUUCAACAAGCUGAUGAAGCGCAAGUGGCUGACGAGCUCCGACGCCUUUGACACCAUCGUCAUGAUCAUCACCAGCUUCACCCAGAAGCUUCGUCCUCUCCUCCCUGAACCCUACCAGGUGCUGGUGAGCGAGGUCCAUCGCCGGGUCCUCAUUGAGUACGUCCGCCCAUUGCUCCAGGUCCGCUUGGUCUGCACCUCGGCCAAGAUGCGCUCCAGGGUGGCAGCUCGUUUGGGUGAUGAAGCUCGUCAGCUCCGGGAGCUCUUCAACCGUCUG